AUCAAACGACUGACACUAAUUAUUCUCGGUUGACCCCAUGAAGUUACACAGAUAGCUCAUCUCGCUGCCAACCAUUAUUUCGGGUUGAUGCGCCCGCGGCUCAUACAGAUACCUAGUCUCCCCUCGAUGGCAGCAUGCGGUCCCAACGUCUUCCGGCCCUGUUAGUGCUUGCCACUUUUAUCGUCCUCUCCGUAUAUUUCCUAAACGGCUCUCCACCGGUGGAAGAUGCCAUAGUCUCAUCGCACCUUCCUCCCCCUCAUGUCGAUGCGACCCCGCCGCAAGAAGUCACGGAAGAAACCAACGAUCGCAAAAGCGCUCAGAAGCACCACCCAGACCCCAACCAUCCAAUAUCGAGCCUGGUUCACAAUGCGGCGCAAACGUUUGAUCAGACGCGAUCGCGCCAGUCGAAAUCGCUCGCUGAGGCCGUCAAUGAAUACCGUCGUCGCUACCACAUGCACCCGCCGCCGCACUUUGAUAAGUGGUUUAAGCUGGCUCGCUCGAGGGGCGUGCAGAUGAUUGAUGAGUACGAUACGAUCUACCACUCGCUGUUGCCGUUUUGGGGUCUCAAACCGGCGGUGAUCCGUGACCGCGUUCGGGAAGCGCUGGGUUAUGAGAAUGCCGUGCUGGGAGUGCUUAUUAGAGACGGCAAGGUUACUUUGGUUGAAGGGGGUGGCGAUGGGAAACAAUGGCAGCGGGAUGCGACGGUGGAGAUGAUGAAGGAUUUUGUUCAGUAUUUGCCGGACAUGGAUCUGGUGUUCAACAGUCAUGAUGAGCCUCGCGUCAUUAUCCCUAGCGAAGAUCUGCGGAGGCUGGUUGAUGUGGCCAAGGACCGUGCCAUUCCUAGUGGUUUUAACAACCAGUCGCCUACGAAUGCGUGGUCGGAGAGGCCUGCGGAUGUGAACAAGGGUGACCGCAUUGAUGAAGUGCGAAAGAGUCGUUUCAAUCGAUACGCACAUCAGCCUACUUGGACGGACUCCCGAGCCUCUUGUCCGGCGGAUAGUCCGUCUCGCUCCCUGGAUGAGAAUGAGCCAGACAAUGUUGAUGCCUAUGCGCAUGGUGAAUUGGGAUUCGUCUUCAAUACCACUGCAUUCUCCGAUAUCUGCAACACUCCUUCUCUUCGCGAUCGAUACGGUUUCUUCGAGAGAGCCAAUGCCUUCGAUGUCGUCCACGAUCUGUUCCCCGUGUUCUCGCAGAGCAAACUCUCGAGUUUCCAGGACAUUCUCUAUCCUAGUCCGUGGUACUGGGUGGAUAAGGUGCCGUACGAAGCAGAAAAGGAUUAUAGUUGGGACGAAAAGAUGGACAAGAUGUAUUGGAGAGGAUCGACGACCGGCGGGUAUUCGCGAGGAGGCGGGUGGAGGCGCCAGCACCGGCAGAGAUUUGUCGGCACGAUCAACGCCCUGAACAAUACCAAGGUCUUGUCGAAGAGCGAGAAUGGCUUGUGGGAGACAAAAGAGGCGCGCCGGGAGUCGUAUCGGGACCUGUUCGAUGUGUGGAUCACGUACGUCGGGCAGUGUGACGAGGAUGACUGCGCCGCCCAGAGAGAGUAUUUCCAGAUCGGCGAGCAGACCGGCCAGCAGGAUGCCUGGGCCUACCGGCACCUAGUAGAUAUUGACGGAAACGCUUUCAGCGGUCGAUUCUACGCAUUCCUUCACAGCAACAGCUUGGUACACAAGGUUGCCAUCUUCCGCGAAUGGCACGAUGAAUGGAUCAGGCCUUGGGUGCACUAUAUCCCGCUGAGCCUGACGGGGGAUGAAUACGUGGAGACCAUGCGAUAUCUAGCAUCGGAGGAAGAAGGCAAAGCUCUCUCCGCUAGUUUGGCGCAACAGGGCCAGACCUGGGCGCAGAAAGCACUGCGCAAGGAAGAUAUGGAAGUGUGGCUGUUCCGGUUGUUAUUGGAGUAUGGACGCCUCGUGGAUGAUAACCGAGAAAACCUGGGGUUCUUUCUUUGAGUUACACUGAGUCUGAACCUGUCAGUUUGAGCCGGUCGGCAUAUGGCUCCUAUUCGUUCCUACAACUGUGCGAUGUAUGAAUAUCUACUGGUGGAUUGUGUGCAUUUACGGGAUGCGUGGCGUUUGGGGUUGGGAUUUCUGCUUCAUGGGAUUUGCAUAUUCAUUCAACGCUAAGGUAGACUACAGCUGGCGAAGUCGGCUAAGUGGCCUUGAAAUAUUGCUUUGGUAGUCUUUGUU